GCGCGCCGGCACCAGCGUGUCCGCGGAGCACGGCCCCGCCGAGGCGCUGCCGGCGGUCUCCGGGGUGGCCAGCACCGCGUCCCUGCCCCCGCCGCCGUCCCCGGACUGCCGGAGGCCGCCAGCGGAGGGCGCCACGGGCGCCCACGCUGCGGUGGCGGACUCGACGGCGCAGGGGCCCCAGGCGUCGAUGCCUUGCCUUGGCUCCUCC